AUGUUCAAAGAUAAGGAACAAUUUGAGCGCGUGAGAUUUGGUCGCACUAAUUAUAUGAAGAUGAAAAAUGUUGAAACGAGUACACUCCCCAUUGUCCAAGGAGGGGACUUCGCCUACGUCGUGCCCACCAUCGCCCUUCUGACGACGGUGUACGAGCCGUGCGACGCCCUUCCCACAGCCAACACGACGGCUGUAGAUCGCGAGGAGGCCUGGAAGGUCCGCCUCAGGGAUAUACAGGGUUCGAUCGCUGUGGCGUCGGUAUUCCAGAUCAUCCUUGGGUUCACAGGAGCGAUUGGAUUCCUCCUGACGUGGAUAACCCCCUUGGCCAUCGUUCCAACGGUAUCCCUCGUGGGUCUGUCGCUUUUCGACGUGGCAGCUGCACAGGCGGCUCAACACUGGGGCAUCUCCCUCCUAACAAUGGCGUUGAUGAUAAUUUUUUCGCAAUAUCUCCGUGAUGUACGUCUGCCGUUCCCGUGGUACCAGAAGGGAGGGGGACUGCAAGUUGCCUGGUUCCAACUCUUCAAGUGCUUCCCUGUGCUUCUCGCCGUAUUCACCUCCUGGUCACUGUGUGCCGUCCUCACCGCCUAUGACAUCCUGCCGCCAGCCUCCCCUGCCAGGACUGACACCACUGGAGACCUUAUGGCAAACUCACCCUGGUUCAGAGUGCCAUACCCUGGUCAGUGGGGAGUGCCAACCGUGCCAGUCGCAGGAGUGGUUGGGAUGCUCGGAGGCUCCCUGGCAUCAAUCAUCGAGAGCAUCGGAGACUACUAUGCAUGCGCCAAGAUAGCAGGUGCCCCGAGACCUCCCACCAGUGCCAUCAAUCGCGGCAUUGGCAUCGAGGGCGUCGGGUGCCUUCUAGCGGGGCUCUUUGGCACCGGGAAUGGCACGACCUCUUGCUCGCAGAAUAUCGGGGCUAUCGGCGUGACGAAGGUCGGCAGCAGGCGCGUUGUGCAAUAUAGUGCCAUCAUCCUCAUCCUCUCCGGUGUCUUCGGCAAGUUCGGGGCCCUUUUUGUCUCGAUUCCGGAGCCCGUGAUGGCCGGAGUCUUCAUCAUCAUGUUCGCGAUGAUCACCGCCGUCGGCAUGGCUCCCCUCCAGUACAUUGACCUCAAUUCUUCAAGGAAUCUCUUUAUCUUGGGGUAUUCAAUAUUCUUCGGCCUGGCUGUGCCCAAGUGGCUGGAGGUGAACCCUGGCAUUUUGCGGACAGGCGUCCCAACGCUGGACCAAAUUCUGACGGUCGUGUUGCAAGUUCCGAUGUUGGUUGGCGGGUUCAUCGGGUUCUUCCUCGAUAACACGGUCCCAGGAACGGACAAGGAGCGCGGUCUGCUCCAGUGGAGAGCUCACCUGGAUGACCGCGACCGAGGGAAGGACAAGGGAGAAAACCAGGGACUCUCGUGUUAUGACUUCCCCGUUGGAAUGGACUUCAUUAAGAGGAACGACUGGAUGCGGUACAUUCCCAUCAGCCCGACCUUCCGUGGUUUUAGCUUUCCCAGAAGCUCCCCCCCGUCAGCACUCGGGGACCUGGAGACUAAUUAUCACGACUGACUGUAUUCUUCCCUCAUGAGCGUGGGAUGAAGAGAAAGGGGGUGAGCGGAGGUCAAGAUAAAGAGUGGAGGGCGAAAUGAGGAAUCUUUUAGAAUUUUUUUCUACAGAUGAAGAGUUUAUAUUGUGGAUUCAACUUUUUGUUUUUGCUUGUAUCACUUUUUGUUCUUUAUAAUGCAAAUGUUUGGUAGACAUUAGCUCAAAGUCAGUCGAAACACACUGUCAAAAUCUAUUCUCUACUCAGGUUGGUUUUUGUACUUUUUGGACGAUGCAAUAAAACCUAACAGCAUUUUCA